AUGGAAGAAAUACUAGAUCAGAAGAGAACUUUUAGAGACUUAAAAGUGAUUGUACCAAAAAGAAGUGACGAAAGAAAAAUCCUGGAGGCAAGAGGCCCAGCCAAGGGACUACCCAAGACGGAAAAAGUGGAUCAAUCCAAACUAGAUAAAAUCCUGGAGAGAGUCAAAAGAUCCAUCGAACAGGAUAAGGAAGUUUCAGAAGCCAAAAAGGCAAAAUUAAUGACGCCGGAGGUCGACCCAAACCUCAAGAGGAAGGCAAAGGCAUCGGCUUUGAGAAAAGCUGCAGCCAGGAUGACUCAGAAGAAUUUGCAAAGAAAAAUGCCCCAGGAAAUUGUGGCCUUCCCUAUGGGUCAGGCAGGCCCAUCCAACCAGGAGUCAUUCCCUGAAACAUGUGUAUUCACCAAGCACAUUCAAAAAAUGGUAGAAGUAAAAGGAAACCUGGCCUUCCCUAGGGAAGAGCCAGGUUCCCUAGUGUGUUUCCCCAUCACAUGCAGAAAAAUGGUGGAAGACCCCAAGCCUAUUCUGGAGGAGGACUGGUUCGCACACCACCCCAUGACAGCUGCAGACUACAUGAAUCUGCCCAGCACCUCCAAGAUCAGGCAGAAACAUGAGAAAGAUCUGGACUUUCUACCACCUAUGACAAGAGAAUUCCUGUCAAGUGACAGUGACACAGAAAGUGAGAAUGAAACAGCGGAGAAGAAAGAAGAAAGUGCAACAGCAAAGAAACUGAUAGAAGAAAUGAAACUGACAGACUCAGAGUCAGAAACUGAAGAAAAGAUACAAGAGAAAAGUGAGAUGGACACAGAGGUCGAGAUGUUGGAGGCGGAAAUAAAUAAAAUAGAUGUAGACAUGAAGACACCAGAAGAAGUAGACAUGGAACUAGAGGAAAUGGAUAAUGCGAUGAGAAAAGAAGAGGAAGCAAUUAAAGAACUGGAGAGGAAAAUAGAGGAGAAACGUGCAGAAAAAGAAAUGAUUUGUGGAGGACUAAAGCUCGACAUGCAAUGGAAACUAGUGCCACUCACCUUGAACAUCGAACCAAGUGGAAGACAGGAAUGGAUGGAUCAAAUUUAUAAAGAACGAGAUGAAGUCAAGAAUACCUUAAAAUGGCAUCCAAAUGAUCCACGGAAGGAUGCAAGAUGCCGGAAGUGCAGACAGCGAUAUCACACUGCUAAAGAUUGCCCAAAAUAA